AUGAUGUGGACGGCCCUCGCCGUCGGGAGCAUGGCCCUCUCGAGUCUCGCCACGGGCUUGACCAUGGUCCGCCUGCGCCGGAGCUGGGACUUGCACGUGUCGAGCGUCCGGUGGCUCUUUUUCUACUGUUUCGUCUACCUCUGGCUCUGGAGCACGACGCGCGUGCUGUACUUGCUCUGGAUCAGCUUUGAGACGGUGGAGACGUCGACUUGGGACUACGCGUCGUCGGCCUCGACCGACGACGAGGUGGUCUACCGCCGCUACAGCAGCAUGGGCAUCUACACGGUGUUGCAACUCGAAGAGACGCACGACGCCCUUGCGACGGCGUUGCUCUGUUUCGGAGACGCUGCGCUCUUUGCCGUGGCGCUCUGGAUGUUCCCCUUAACGUUCGAGCUUUCGAAUAUUGCAGCCAAGUCGAUGGAUCGAGGUGCUGAGAAAGAGAAGAAACAGAUCACGUUUUACGCCUGGACGGUCCACGGCCUGGUGCUCGUGUACGCGGCUAUUGAGUCGGCGUUUGCGAUCGCCCAUGGAGGCUAUACCCAGUACACCCAGCGGUGUCUCUUGAGCGUCUACUUUGUGCAGGUUUUUAGCUUUCUGUACAUGAUUUGGCUCAUUCUGCGGCUGAAACUCGGCGGACGAAAGUAUGAAAACGUGCAGGGCCAGUUCGUCACGUCGCCCGUGUACCAACGGCUGAAGCGCAUUAUGAUUGUCUAUGCGCUCUUUUCCCUGCAGUUUCAAAUUGCGUCGGUCGUCAUGUACGCGCUCGCGGACAAUGAAGACAAGUUGCUGGACUUUAUUAGCGUCAGUUUGCUCAUUUACCAUCUCUCGGGCAUGGCACUUGCAGUCACGACCAUGUGCAGUCAAGCCUGUGUGCUCAAUCUCUUUCGACCGUGUCUGCCGGACCAUAUUGAAGCGCAAGUGCAGACGAGGUUUAUGCAGGGAGGCGACCUCUUGUCGCCAAGAGAUACGCAGGUGCUCAUUGAGUCGGCGGAGCCACCGCUCGUGAAUCCAGUGUUUGUGUUUACGGACAUUGAGUCGUCGAGUGCUCUAUGGGCAAUUGGCGACGGGCUGGUCAUGCAACGCGCAACAGAAAUCCACGAUAACAUUCUCCGCGCAUCUUUGAUGAAAUAUCGAGGAUAUGAAAUAACGACGGCGGGGGACGCCUUCCAGCUUGCGUUUCACACUGUGCGGGAAGCAGUCGAGUACUGUUUAGAUGUCCAGCUCCAGUUGCUUGUUGCAAAUUGGCCCAAGGAGCUUCACGGUUUGCUACCCGUGACGAGAAGACAACGUCUAGGUCACCGUCUCAUUUUUGGAGGAUUGCGCGUACGCAUGGGUAUUCACGACGCCGUCGAUGCCGAUGGAGCUUUGAUUCUGGAUGUGCAUGCCGUGACGGGCAAGAUGAUUUACACUGGAGCUUCAGAAGUUAUUGCGAACGAGAUUGGCGACUUGGGUGACGGCGGUCAAAUUCUUGUCACAAAGCGCGUUGCCGACUGGCUCGUGAUGUACGAGGAUUUAGUGGCGAUUGAUUUCCUCGUUGAUCGAGUAGGCGAGUACUCGAUACCGCAGAUUAAGGCGAAGCUAGAGGUGUAUCAAGUGUUGCCCGAAGUACUGAGCGGUCGCAAGAAGAUGUUUUCGUCAACACUCAAGAAGCGACGCGCUACCACGGCUUCAUCACUGUACUCGAUUGCAUCGAGUAACCGUUCCCGACUAUCAAGCAAUGGUGGACCGAUUCCAAUGCCCGAGCAGCUACGACGAAUGUCCAGACCGCCGCCGUUAGUCCCGCCUCCAGAGAUAGCGCCAGUGCAAGGCGGAUUGAGUCGGUUUGGUCGAGUCCAGCGAUCGUUUCUGCGGCUCGACCACGGCUCGUUUUACACGCGUGCCACUAGCAUGUAG